AUGGAGUCCGAGCAGUCGCUUCGGAAGCUGUCGGCUCUGCAGGCCCGUGUUCGGGGUUUCUUGACCCGGCGCCAUUUCCGGAGUCUGCGAGCGGAGUAUGAGGCGACUGUACGGGAGAUCGAGGGAGACCUGAGCACGGUGCAGUGGGCUGAGGGCUGCAUUCCCAGGCCCCAGUUCCUCCCAGAGGUAAAAUUCCGUCACACCUGGAAAGCAGAGGAGAGGGUAUCACACCCAGAGAGGAGCCACUUUCCAUGUAAAGAGCCCAAAGAGGUGACGCUGAAGAAGUCCGAAGGGAGCGCAGCAGACACAGGAACUGUUCUCUGCCCAGAAGUCCGCCCCCAGCUUCCAGCUGAGCAGACUAAGAAACUUAGAGAGGACUCUGGAGACUCAACAGGGGUGGGGAGCCCAGGUACCUACCUCUCUGCCUCAGCUUCCUCACCCCCUGCCCUCCCUCUUCUUGGUUUGGGGCAACACAUAGUGGACGAGGGAAGGCAGCGGGCUUGUAAAGCUAGGACAGUGCCCAGUAUUGGCCCCUCAAGGCUGGCUUCUUCCUUCCCUCCCCGCGCAGAAGCCACGGAUCCAGGACUGCCCUGUAGCCGACUUGAGCUCCAGCACCUCCAUAGCCACUUGGCCAUGGAACUGCUGUGGCUGCAACAGGCCAUCAAUAGCCGGAAGGAGUACCUCAUUCUCAAACAAACCCUGAGCUCGCAAGAGGAAGACCAGCGCAGAGAUGGGCUUUGUGUGUGCCCAGGCCACGUGGGACAGGCCUGUGAGAGGGCCCACACACAACCAAGCCCCCCACUGAAGGGCCAGUCCUACAGGGACAGGACCACCGGAAAGCUAGACCACGGGGAUGACUCCUGCUGGAGGGGCAAGUCACAACCCCACAAAUCCCCAGAUAAAACCACCACGGGGGCCGAGCGCAGGGCAUGGUGCCACGGGAAGACUGGACACCAGUUGUCCACACCAUCAGACGAUCAGACCAUGGGAGACAAGUUCACCAAAGAGCCAAGCCUCAGAGAACAGGCCUCUAGAGGGCCCCGCCUGCAGCUGAUGAAUCACUUGGAGGACCAGAUGCCCAGAGGUCUCCAGCCCAGGGGCCACUGUUCAGAGAAAGCCAGGGGCCAGCUGCUUGAACUCUCUGGGGACCCAGGGAAUAAGAACACAUCUCCCAGAGGGCCUGAGUGCCAGAAGUCUGGUGGCCAGAGAGCUGGACCAGUAGCGUCAGCCUUCCCAAAGGACCACGUCAUCUGGGAUGGGACCCUGGCAGGGGCAGCACAUGGCGGCCAGGAUCUCUGCAAGACAAAACCACCCAAGGGCCAGACCUCCAGUGAUAGAACUUCCACAGAUGGAGCCUCCAGUGAGUCUAGCCACAAAGGAUGGACAAACCAGAGGACUGUACCAUGGAAAUCAAGGUCACCCGAGUACCUGUCAGCCACAGGAGAGGACCACUGGAGGGGCUAGGCCGUGGGGAGCGGGGCGGACCAGGUUUCAGGGGAUGCUAUGAAGGUGUGACCAGUGAGACAGGACCUCGUCCUUGCUCCUGGCUGCUGGUGGCUAGUGGCCCAAGAGGAGCUGGAGUCAGGGUGGGAUGAGGAGAAAGGGUACCCUUUGGAUGGGGGGCCUGAUGGAAAAUAAAGCCUUUUCUUAGACGCUGA